UAGGGAAGAUAGACAAACUCACCUACCAUCAAAUUUUACCGAUAAAUUGUUCAAAAGAGAGAAAAAAAAAAAAAAAAACCUAUAAUUGCCCCACCAAUUGCUCCGCGUCAUGUUCACGGAUCAAUCAAAACCCUUGCAAAGGUUUUUCAAUUUUUGAAAACCCACCACAAUAUUACAGUGCCCAGUCUCUAUCGAGAAACACUGUUUUUUAUACAGUUUCUUUUUUAAUUAUCAGUAAUGGCUGUUGCCUUAAAAUCAACGACUAGCUUCCUCCACGACAGGAAACCAGAGACCCAUCUUUUAAUUCGUUCUCCCUCUUACAAACCCACCGUCAUUUCAACCAGAAGAUUUGCUCCAAUGGCCACUCUCACUGCAGCUAAGAAUCUUAGUCUGUCUGAAACUUUCUCUAAUCUGAAAAAGCGAGGCAAAGUGGCAUUCAUUCCAUACAUAACAGCUGGUGACCCUGACCUUUCAACCACAGCAGAAGCCUUGAAGCUGCUGGACUCCUGCGGAUCUGACAUUAUUGAACUUGGUGUUCCUUACUCUGAUCCUUUGGCAGAUGGUCCAGUGAUUCAGGCGGCAGCUACCCGUUCUUUGGCAAGAGGGACCAACUUCGAUGCAAUCACAUCAAUGUUGAAGGAGGUGGUUCCACAAUUAUCCUGUCCUAUUGCUUUAUUUACAUAUUACAACCCAAUAUUAAAGCGUGGGAUUGAGAAGUUUAUGUCCACUGUUAAAGACAUUGGAGUACAUGGACUUGUAGUCCCUGAUGUACCUCUAGAAGAAACUGAACUUUUGAGGAAUGAAGCUGCUAAGAAGAAUAUUGAGCUGGUACUUCUGACGACACCAACUACUCCAACAGAAAGAAUGAAAGCCAUUGUUGAAGCAGCAGAGGGAUUUGUGUAUCUUGUUAGCUCAGUUGGAGUUACAGGUGCCCGUGCAUCUGUAAGUGACCGAGUUCAAACCCUUCUUCAGGAGAUUAAAGAGGCGACAGCUAAGCCUGUAGCAGUUGGCUUUGGGAUAUCAAAACCUGAGCAUGUGAAACAGGUGGCGGGAUGGGGCGCCGAUGGUGUCAUUGUAGGUAGUGCUAUGGUGAAAGUGUUGGGUGAAGCAAAAUCUCCCGAGGAAGGGUUAGAGGAAUUAGCAACUCUAACCAAAUCUUUGAAGUCAGCACUUGUUUGAAUCUAAAUUCGUGUUAUCUAAUUUAAGCUUGGGACUGUUAUUUCCACAGUGGCAUAAGAUAAAAUCUCUUUUUGUAUGUUAGCCCGAUCUUGUAAGCUCCUGAGCGCCUAGGCACUAGGAAAUUAUUGCAAUUGCUUUUGGAAAAUUCGUUAGUUUUUCUCUAUCAAGUCUUGUUGAGAUA